GUAAGCUGCUAUCAGCUGUCCAUGCAAUGAUAUGUGAUAUGGGCACUUGGCUAACUUACUAAAAUACAUAAGAAAAAUGCCUGGACGGGGUGAAUGGACUUGACAGGUUACGGCUGCAGAAAGAUAUUCGGGUAAAAAUAGGCUUUAUUGGCUAUGAGUGUGGAUAAUGGAGGAUGGUCGAGGUGGGGACUUGGACUACCUGAUCCAAGAUGAGGACACCAUCAUUGAGGGUGUUAGCAACCAGGUUUUGUUUGUAGUGGUCGUCAGUUUCACCUUCCUUGCAGGCAUCUUCACUUUGCUCUGCAGACAGGAAGAACAGAAUAUCCAUCCAGAAAAUCAGGAGCACGUACGAGCUGUCCGACAGCAGCUCCAAACUGAGCAGGAUGAAAAUCCGCAGGCAGAGGCUCGACAGCAGUAUUAUACAGACAUGUCUUGCCCUGUGUGUUUACAACAGGCUGUGCUGCCUGUGGAGACCAACUGUGGGCACCUUUUCUGUGGUUCCUGCCUUAUAGCUUAUUGGAGGUAUGGCACCUGGCUGGGUGCGAUCAACUGCCCGAUCUGCAGACAAAUGGUAACACUUCUGUUCCCAUUAUUUCAUGAGCAUGCCGCUCCUCAGAGGGUUCAGGAUGGCGAGGCCGAACCUCAGCUUAUUUUACGAGACAUCAACGAUUACAACCGAAGAUUUUCUGGUCAGCCAAGAUCUCUUAUGGACAGGCUGCGGGACGUCCCCACCCUGCUCCGUCAUGCCUUCAGGGAGAUGUUUUCUGUGGGCGGACUCUUCUGGAUGUUCCGGAUUCGAAUUCUUCUCUGUCUUAUUGGUGCCAUCACUUACCUGGCCUCGCCACUCGACAUUCUCCCAGAAGCUCUUUUCGGCCUUCUGGGCUUCAUGGACGACUUCUUUGUGAUCCUCCUCCUGUUUGUGUACAUCUCUAUCAUGUACAGAGAAGUGGUUACGCAGAGGCUUAAUGGCUAGGCCCACAAACAGAAACAGGGAUAAAAGAGAGAUGAAUAUCUGAGAUGAGUUUGUUAAAAUCUUGGGUUUUCUCAGAGGGCUUCACUUUAAUUAAAUGGACCAUGAGCGAAUGACUGGACAGAGAUUAGCAAAACAUUGUGAAUAUUAGCUUUUGUUACAAAAGUUCCCAUUGAAAUUUACAAGGUGAAGGAUUUCAGGCAAACAAGUUACAGUCAAAUGAACAUGUAUGAACAAUGUACUCCUUCAAGAUUUACCAAUUUUAAAAAAAAUCUUUUAAGUAAUGUGAAUAUCAACAUAAUAUGGUCAACUGUGCAAUUCAAUGACGUCUUGGAAGUCUUGUAUUUAUGAGUUUAUAUGUAAUGAUUCCAUCUUAAUUUUCACUUAAAAAAACAAGUGUUGAAUGAUGAGAGUUCCUGUUUGAGCUUGUUGUCAUUACAAUAACGUGUAAGUAUGCAUAUUUUAUGAUAACAUGGAAAGCAGAGCUUGCUAAACCAGUUGGAAAAAUUCUCUGAAUAAUCUUUUAAGCAACAGUUUAAAUUCAGUAAUCAAAGCCUGCUUCCUGCAUGCAUACAGGGAAUGCUUAACAUCUUCUUCCAUAAAAUUUAUUUGAACAAGCCAUUCUGAAAAUAUAAAAGGAUAAUCCUGGACAAUUUUGAAUGUAAAUCUUCAAAAAAUGAAUGUGAAGUCAUUUCUUUUAAGUUUACUUUAACAUUCUGUUGUGAAAAGUAAACUUUGUUUGAGUAAUGCAAUCAGGUCGUCAAUUCUUCAGCAGUUUGUGUCCUUUUGUAUUCAGUAUACUGUUGGCAUUACCAUGUACAAUUCAAAUCUUUUUUUAUUAUUUGUAAAUAGUGUUUUCAGUGGAAUAGGUGUAAUUUUUUCAGAUGAUGAAAUGAAAUGUUAAAUGUC